GACCCACAGUCAUCUAAUGAGCUCCAAGGUUAAGUAAGGACAUGAACCGGAAUCUUCCCGAUAACUUGACAUUGGCUCUGCAUCCUGCUAUGGCGGACCAUGACAUCACAAGACCCUCUCCUGCGAGCGAGGGGAGGUCCUUUGAACUAGCUCCAGAAAAAGGUAUGGCUGAGGAAUGGGAGGAAGAGAAGCAAGUCUUCUUCUCAUGGAACUGUCUCUCCUCUGCCCCUGACUAGAGAAGCAAUCUGGCUGGAGCUGGAGUCUCACGGACUAGUGGAGUUUUUGCCCCACCCCAGACAAAAUGGGGAGGGGUCACUGAGUCUCCUUCCAAGGUGGCCCUGGCCCCCACUUCUCCUCCCCUCCUUUCAUUUCUCCAGGCUUGGAGCUGGCUGGCAUCGCAUAUAGGAUGCCAAGGAGAAUGGGUCCUGAGAGGGUUGUUGUCUCUAGAGCCCUCCUGCCCCUCUGCCUUCUCCCCAUGCCUGGGCCUGUCUACUCUCUCCUCAACUGGGUCAAGAAGGUCAUAACAUGGCAGAGACCAAGCACAAUUUUUCCCACCGUCUUUGCCAACUCCAGCUUGGUAGCAACUUCUUGGUCCAUGUAGUCACCUUUAGAGAGAAGUAAACAGAUAAUUCCCCUUACACAUGUUUCUCCUUGAAGAUGCAGCAUAGUGGUUAAGAUGGUGGACUAGGAGCAGGGAAAUCCAGGUGCUGGUCCUGCUUAGGCACGGAAGCCAGCUGGGUGACCUUGGGCCAGUCCCUGUCUCCCAGCUCUGUGUAGCGUUGGGCUCUGCAACAAGCCCCCGCUGAUAAUGAAAACCCCUCUUCACAUUGUGCAUUGAUAGCUUUGCUGUAAGAGCGAGGCAAAGUCAUGCAAAAGCAAGCAGACCUGCAACCACACAGAAAAACACUCAGAAAAACACCAACACAGCUUGUUUUUCCACUUGACCUGAACUUAUGUGCAGAGAUUGGAUGUUUCAAGAUAUUGGGAGGCAAAAGGCUGCUGAUGUGGGCAGGUGUUUCUUACUCACUGUCUGUUCUGAUGAAAUGGUUGCUGCCUCCUUCCAUGCGCUUCUGUCUUGGUGGGCAACCAAACUGACCCCCCAGAGUGGCCCGUAGUGGUUAAACUGUUCCCUGGGUUGGCCCAACAGGCAAAUGUUGUUUUCCACAACUUCCGUCUGACAAAACAGCUGUGUUCACACAGCACAGAGGAAUACCGUUAACAGGUUAGUUAAAUUAACUCAUUUUCACAGCAUGCCGAGCUUGGUUAGUUUUAACCUCAGUUGAAACUUUCUGGUUUAGUGUAUCAUGUGAACCCAGAGAAACAGGUCAGCAUAGCAACCAAGUUAAGCAUGCUAUUGACUAAAAACAUCAUUUAAACUGAUGGCUGGAGAGGAAUUGACUUUAGGAGAGCACAGGCUCCCGAGUGCUUCAGUAAAUCCUUAAUUUCUAUUGUUAAUUUCUUACAAAGAUUUCCUGUUUCUUGGGGGAAACUGUGAUAGUGACAACCAUACCCCUCCUGUGCUAUGCACGUGGCCCAGCUUCCCUGGCAGCAGAAGGGCCCAGAUCAGGGGUCGCCGCUGCCAAAUCCACUGGCUCCGCCCGACACCCGCUGCCUGCCUGGACGAGGAAGAAUGCCAACCCCCAAGCCUCUCCCAUGCCCAGCGAGAGCGAGCUCAGCCCAGGGGAUCAGCCAUGGGCGCAGCCUGUCCAAGCAUUCACCACAUGGCCAAGGCAAGGGCCUGGCCUGAUUGGCCACCUGACCGCUUAUUCCGCCGGCCAAUCAGGUGCCUGAGAAGAGGUUUCCGUUGGUGCUGCCCACCUUGCAGCCUGGUCCUCGCCAUGGUACUGGAGCUCUACCUCGACCUCCUUUCCCAGCCUUGCAGGGCAGUCUACAUCUUUGCCAAAAAGAACAACAUCCCUUUCAUGCUGAAAGCCAUUGAGAUGCUGAAAGGGCAACAAUUCAGUGAGGAAUUUAACAAAGUGAACAUCCUAAGAAAAGUGCCAGUUCUGAAGGAUGGAGAUUUCAUUCUAGAAGAGAGCACAGCCAUCCUUCUCUACCUAACACGGAAAUACAACACUUCAAGUUACUGGUACCCGCCUGAUAUGAAGAAACGAGCCCGGGUGGACGAGUACCUUGCCUGGGAGAGCAGCACCAUACGGGCGAGUGCUUCCAAAAUCCUCUGGCUCAAGGUGAGGCCAGCCCCGCUCACCAGCGCUGCAAAGCACCUGGCUGGCCACUGCGCAGGCCUCCCAACAAGACUCCGACGUCCCAAGAGGAGGAGGAGGGAACGCCAUUGGGUGCAGCGUGGGCGCCAUGUUGCCCACAGAAUCCACUGGAGGGGAGGGAGGCAGAAACCAGCGGGGGAGCUGGGGGAUCCCACCCAGAGGAGAGGUCAGGGAGCCCCAGGGCAGCAGGGCAGAAGGGAUGUGCCACUCAGCUCUGGAGAGCUGCAAGAGCCCCAGCCGGUUCAAACUGGGGCCACGGGAAUAGCUGGCAAUUCGGGCCAGAAGCAGACUCAAAUAAUAAAGCCCAUGGCCAGGGGCCUGCUUCUUUUGGAGGAAAUGGUCACUACCUCAGGCGUGACCUUUCGUAUUGCAUGGGAACAGAGCAAGCUGCUAUGCCCUCAACGGGGGCACAGCAUUGCCCCCCCAAACUCCACUGCUCUGCUGGUAGAGACCACCUCCAGGCCGCCUCCACACCAAGGCAGGGCAAACUUUUUUGGGGGGGGAGGUGACAUGCUAGUGCUGGCUUCAACUGAAUAAGCAGCCAGUAUCCAGAGCGACCCACUUCCUCUCCCCUCUGUCACCCUCGGCUCUCAGAUCAUUUGGGGCCGUUUGGUGCAGAUGUGCCUAUACAAGGACUGGAGCAGUGGGGGCCAAUCCCUGCUGCACCCCUCCUGGCAGCAGACAACACGGGGGGCACAAACAGCCAACCUGGCAACAGCCUCCUCAGGAUGAGGGCUCCGGAUCUGCCACGGAGCUCCAGCCCCAUCCCAGCGGCCUCUGUAGCUGUCAGGCCCAGCCCAAGAACAACGAUGAAACAGUCCAGUCCAGUCCCUUUAUUUGCUUAAACCUUAUAGACAGAAUCUUGCCAAACUAAACCUGUACUAUUGGGGAGUGGCAAUCCUGAACCUCUUUCGCUUCCCCCCCCCCCCCUGCCGAUUGUAUUGUCUCUUGCCUCCUCCCCCCUCCUGGAAUGCGCCCCCCCUUCCCGACAGCCUCGAUCUCCCACAUCGCCCUCCUCCUCGUAGAUACACGCCCUCACAGUAGCCUCCCUGGGGCAAAGCCGGGCCCCACUCCUUCUCUCUUCUCCCCUUCUGUACGUUAAUUGUGCCAGUGCCUUUUCUGCGGGGCAGGUGGUGAUCCCGCUCUUUCUGGGCCAGCAAGUAUCCCCAGAGAAGCUAUACGAUACA